AUGGCAACUGAUAAACGCAAGACAGUUGCGUGUCAGAGAUGUCACAAGAAGAAAGUGAGAUGCACAGGAGGCUCGCCCUGCCAGAAUUGCUCUAGGGCUGCAGCAACCUGUACCUACCCUUUGCGUGACCGAAACGUCGUUGUCUCUGAGGCAUACCUAGCGAGUUUGCAUGCUCAUGCCUACUCGCAAUCUCAGACACCUUUCCCACAAACUCCCAACUCCACCAAUCUAGUGAUUGAUGCACAACCCGGUGGGCCACCAGAGCCCGUUGCAGACGGUAGUCGGCGGGGUGCAGCAAAUCCGGUGCUGAAGGACUCUACAGCGGAAGCAUUUGUGUCGGGCCUAAAGAAGCUUACUGGUCAACGCCGAGACAGUACCACUGCGAGACAAGGCCCGGAUGACAUGGGGCAAUCGAGCGACCAUACCGGGGAUGACAACGACGACGACGAUGAUCCUCAUUACGACUAUGUUCCCCUCAAUUUUGAUAGCACGGCUUCAAGGGUCACGAUCAAACUCCCACCAUACCCUUAUGCAUUGGAGCUUGUCAGUCAAUUUGAGACCUACAUCGGCUUCGAGUACCACUGGUACUUGCUUCGCCCUUUCCACGAGGCUGUGGAGUCAACGUACAGGGCUCCGCUGGCAGCCGACUCUCGAGAUCGCAUUUGGCUUUGCAAGCUGCUAACUGUGCUAGCGCUAGGUGAAUCAUACAACUCAUAUCAUGCUCCUUCCAUCGAAGUUACGGACGGAGGACUUCAGCAGUCUGCUACCUCUCAUGCGUCCCAACCAGCUUCCUUGCCUGGGGCCGAUUUCUUCGAGCAGGCUCUCAAUCUCUUUAAAAUCCCUUCGGAAAUGCCCACAAUCGCCCACGUAGAGGCUCUGAACCUCAUAGCCUUUUAUUGCUACUCCUUGAACAGGCGCAAAACGGCUUACACCUACACCGGACUGAGCAUCAGGAUUGCUACCGCGCUCAUGUUACACAAGCCGGUAGGCACCAGAUCGGCAGCUGCUGCCGAACACUCAAAGCGGCUGUGGUGGACGUGCUUACUGAUGGACAACAUGACCUCUUCUGAAGUGGGCGUGAAACCCACCCUGCGAUUCAACGAGGCAGAACUGCCACUGCCGGCCGAUAACCUUUUGCCGAUGGAUGCGCAAGGGGACUUCAACGACCCUGCUAUCUUCACUGCGCAUCUUAAGCUCUGCAAUAUCAGAAAUGACAUCCAUGAGACCGCCGGUCGGUUGCAGCAGCAUGAUUUUGCCAACUAUCAUCAAGCCGUCCAGCACCCACUGCGGUUGCUCCAACAGUGGCUAGUGGAAAUGCCGGACGAAUACUCCUUCGGCUUCAACGACGGCAUGCCCGCAGAAAUGUUGAGUCUAACAUCCAUGAGAUCGCUCACAUCGCUCUACCUACGCUAUCAUCAGGGUUACAUCCUGCUCAUUCGACCUAUAUUCUUUAAGCUGCUCGCCAUCGCCCUCGGGAAAGACACCGACGAAACCCCUCUAGACAGCCUCAUCAACUUCAGCAGCUCCGGCCUCGAGGCAGCCAAAUGCAACAUGCGAAUCCUGAUGGGUCUGUCUCACGUGGACAGAAUUGCCAAAUAUGGCUUCUGGGAGUCCUUGCACCUCUUCUCCGCCAUCAACGUCUUCUCACUCGCCCGCCUCGCGCACACACUGCGGCCCUUCAGCCUCUACCAGACAGAAGAUGACCUCGCCCUGUAUGCCUCUGCAAAGAGUCUGUUGCACGACAUGGCUGCCCACGGCAAUGCGGCUUCCAAAGGUCACGUCAAGCUGAUCGAAGAAAUCGAGCGACUGCUGGACGCUGUCUCGUCGCAGCCUACAACUGCCUUGGACAGUCAGUUGACGGUAACCAUGGCUGACUUGGAGCAGGACAUCUUCCAGUGGAUUGAGAGCAUUGAUAACAUAGACCAAUAUCCAAGCUGA